AUGUCUGCCGAGAAACCGUACGACUAUCACAGCGAUAGGCAUGAUGAUCUCCCAACAUUGGACCAAGUGCUUACUCGAAAAACGCUUCCGCCCGUGUGCUUAUACAACUUUUACAUCAUAUUGAGAGAUAGACUUAAAAUGGAGGAAGUGCUCGAUUUCUAUCUAGACUUGCAACACCAUGAACUACUAUGGAAGAAAUAUGUCAAAGCAAUGCACCGUAGUGGACAUUUGUCAGAAAGCGAUCUAAGCGAAGGCUAUCAGUCACCUCGUAUCAUGAGUCGAUUAUCUCAAAACAAUUCCUAUUUCCCUGCUGGUUCGUCUAUACCCUCCUCUCCCUCUCCCCAACCACCACAACAACAACAACAACAACAACAACAACAACAACAGCAGCAGCAGCAAACACUUCAUGUGCCAGCAUCCAUCACUCGACCUUCACUGGGCUCGUCCAUUACGACAACGACAGACAAUCUCAACGCACGUUCAGCACCCAGCCGCAAAGACUUGGUGGACUCAUCACAGAGACUCUUGCUUCGCUAUUUGGUACCGUCUGCCACCAAAGAAAUCACGCAACUGCCAGCUGAGCUGGUUACUGCUCUUCGAAAGGAACUGGAAAAGCCAGAGCCUCGCGAUGAUCCCUUGUUGUUUCAAGAAGCAAAGGAGUACUUGUUUGAUUACAUGCAAUUGCAAGCUUAUCCCAAGUUUUUGAGGCUCAAGGUCUGGGGAAACAUCACCUUGUAUCAACAAUUGGGCCGUCUGGUGAUUGGAUUGGUGUGCUUGUUGGCUGCUCUCACAACGUCGCUCAGUUUGAUCUUUUUAGGGUAUCCACAAUGGGGUGUUCGGUUCUGGAUACUGCUACCAUUCUGGAUUGGCGUACUCAACAUGCUGAUAUUCAUGACCGGCUUGGAUCCAAUUUGGGCUCUUGUUUUCAAUAAAAGCGAAACCACCACAUUCAAGUUCAACUCAAUCAAACAACCUCAAGUCAAACGCAUUCUAAGAUCACGAUCCAUUUGGUUAUUAACAAUUAGUAUUGUGAUUGCAGUUAUUUGUACUAUUAUAUUCUGUGCUAUUCCAGCAAGAAAGCUCUAG